AUGUGCCGUGUGGGGCAGAUGCUCGGCACACAGCUGGGGCUCUCCACGAUCGGAGUUCUCACUUGCCUCGUGAGCGUGAUCAUCAGCUUCGCCGGCUCCUGGGUCGUGGCUCUGAUCCUACUCGGCCUCCUGCCCAUCUGUGGUAUCCUCAUGAUGCUGGUGGCCCGCUUUGCCUCGGGCGUGGAUCCGCAGGUGGAGGAGACCCACGCCACGGCGGGGAAGUUCACCGCGGAGGCGGCGACCGCGAUUCGCACCGUGAGGGCGCUCGGGGCCGAGGAGCACACGCUCUUAACCCUCAGCGACUCCUUGGACUAUGUCUGUCGGUCGAAGGCCGCGAAGUCCUGGAAGAUGGGCGUCUCGGUGGGCCUGAACCUGAUGCUGCCCCAGGUGAUCAACCUGGUCAGCUUCUGGAUUGGAGGAAUCAGCGUGCAGUUCUGGAGCUUCGACUCGCAGCAGGUGUUGCUGACCGUCUUCUGUAUGCUUUUCGGGACGAUCUCCGUGGGCCUCGUGGCUCAGCACAUCCCUGACUCUGCUUCAGGAUAUCAUGCAGCCAUGCAGGUUUUCCGCCUCAUCGACCAGGUCUCCGAGAUCGAUGCCGCGAAGUCGGAAGGCUGCAAGACUCUGGGAGAUGGCACCAUUGAGUUCCGCAAUGUGCACUUCUGGUAUCCCCACCGUCCCGAAGUGAGGGUGCUCAGGAAGCUUUCCCUGACCAUCGAGAAGGGCCAGUCGGUGGCUUUGUGUGGGGUUUCUGGCAGUGGCAAAUCCACGGUGGUUCAGCUCUUGCAGCGCUUCUACGACCCUCAAGCCGGUGUGAUCCGAGUGGGUGGCCAGGACUUGAAAGACCUCGAUAUCGCAUUCUGGCGACAGCAGCUGGGCUUCGUGGGCCAGGAGCCCAUGCUUUUCGACAUGUCCCUGGAAGAGAACGUGAAGUAUGGCUAUCCCGAGGCCACAGAGGAAGAGGUGCGGGAAGCAGCGAGGGCGGCCAACAUGGAUUAUGCCUUGUCGGGUGCCGUGCAGUGGACAGAUCGAAUCGGCCUCCGUGGCGAGAAGCUCUCCGGCGGUCAGAAGCAGCGCUGUGCCAUCGCAAGGGCCCUGCUUCGCAAGCCUCAGUUCAUGCUCUUGGACGAGGCCACCUCAGCCUUGGACGCCGUCUCGGAGAGCGUCGUGCUCCAGGCGAUGAAGACCGAAAGGGUCGGCAAGACCACCAUUACCGUGGCCCACCGCUUGUCGACCAUCCAGAACGCAGACAAGAUCUUCGUCCUCUGCCACGGAAGGCUUCUUGAGUCAGGCACUUACCAGGAGCUCAUGAAUAUGGAUGGCAGCUUUGCAAAGCUGGCGGCUCGCAGCUUGUGA